UAGGAUUGACUGAAGAAUAACACGAGAGAGGAAAACAAUAAUAUAAAAAGAAAAAGGAAAAAACCUCGCAACUUUUCCAGUCAACAAACAACAACGAGAAAAAUAACAACGAAUUUGAAUUCUGACUCUCUUUCUGUUCACUUGCAUAUGUUUUUAAUUCAGGUAAGCUGAUGAUUGUUGCAUUUAAUUCAGGUAAGCUGAUAGAUAAGGGAAUGUGGUGAAUGAGUUUUAUUUUCAAGUUGAAAUUUCAUUUGGAAAGUUUCUUGCUGAUCUCGUGCUUAGGAAGACUUUAAACUUUUUGGUUUUUCCAUUUCAGUCCCAAAAAGUUUGGAUUUUGAUAUUGGGUUGGUGAGAGGAGAGUGGGAAAGCAUAAAGUAGUUCUGUUUUUGGUUUGACUCUGAUUGGAGAAAUCAGGGAGUGCCUUGAUGUGUGGGUCGAGAGGUGAGUUUGCUUUUGGUUUUGUGGAUGAGAAUGAGAGUUUCCGCCCCCCCUUCGUUUGCUUUGUUCUGGGAAAUGCAGACAUUGAAUGAGCUUUCUGGUUGGGUUGAAAACAUCAAUUAGAUUUGUGCUAGCACUUUCUUCAAGUGUGCUUAUGAUUAUGGCAGAUUUGGAAUUUGGUAUUAUUUGAAAGAUUCUGAUAGUAUUGGACUGAACAGUGAAAUUUUUGGAUUCGUUUUUGUGGCUCUUUCAGGAGUAGUAUUUGUUUGUUUAUGUAAAUUAUGUUAAAACAGAUACUUAGUAAGCUUCCGCGAAAGUCAUUUAAAUCGACUCAAAAUCGUGAUCAUGGUGGAAAUCUUGCCAUCAAUUCAAACAACUCCACUGGCUCAAGAAGCAGUGAUUUUGGGGAGAAGUCAUCAAAGUUGAAUGUCACAUCUGUAACAGCAAAUAAUUCUGCUUCAGACACAGGACAAAACCAUGGUAACAAUGAUCAGCGAGGUGUGACUUCAAAGCUGAAUGAUAAUCUGGGGUUUUCUUCAUAUGAAGGAUUGCCUGAACUCAGGGAUGUUCCAAAUUCUGAGAAGCAGAACUUGUUUAUAAAAAAGCUCAACCUUUGUUGUAUUGUAUUUGACUUCAAUGACCCAACAAAGAACCUCAAAGAAAAGGAGAUCAAGCGACAGACGUUGUUAGAGCUGGUAGAUUAUGUGACUUCUGUGAAUGGAAAAUUCACAGAAACUGUUAUUCAAGAAGUUCUGAAAAUGGUUUCUGCAAAUUUAUUUAGGAUGUUCACUCCUCAACCACGUGAGAAUAAAGUUGUAGAUGGUGUUGAUUUGGAGGAGGAGGAGCCUUCUAUGGAUCUUGCAUGGCCGCACCUGCAGCUUGUGUAUGAGGUUUUCUUGAGGUUUGUUGUAUCAUCUGAGACAGAUGUAAAACUGGCUAAAAGAUGCAUUGAUCAAUUCUUCAUUCUCAAGUUUCUGGAUUUAUUUGAUUCUGAAGAUCCCAGGGAAAGGGAGUACUUGAAAACAAUUCUCCAUCGCAUCUAUGGCAAAUUUAUGGUGCAUCGACCAUUUAUCAGGAAAGCUAUCAAUAACAUUUUCUAUCAAUUUAUUUUUGAGACUGAGAAGCAUAAUGGGAUGGCUGAACUUUUAGAGAUUUUGGGUAGCAUUAUUAAUGGGUUUGCUCUGCCUCUGAAAGAGGAACACAAAAUGUUCCUUAUUCAUGUUUUAAUUCCUCUUCACAAGCCAAGAUGCUUGGCAAUGUACCAUCAGCCAUUGUCAUACUGCAUUAUGCAGUUUGUGGAGAAAGACUACAACCUUUCUGAUGCAAUAAUAAGGGGUUUGCUAAAGUACUGGCCUCUAACUAAUAGCUCAAAGGAAGUCAUGUUCCUGAAUGAGCUGGAGGAAGUUUUGGAAGCAACCCGGCCAGCAGAAUUUCAGCGUUGUAUGGUGCCCCUCUUUCUGCAAAUCGCUCGGUGUUUGAACAGUUCCCACUUUCAGGUGGCAGAGAGAGCAUUGUUCUUGUGGAACAAUGAUGCCAUUGAGAGCUUGAUUAUACAAAACCGUAAGGUUAUACUGCCCAUUAUCUUCCCUGCUCUGGAGAAAAAUACUAGAAACCACUGGAAUCAAGCUGUCCGUAGCUUGACCUUAAAUGUCCGCAAGAUCUUUUACGAUCUUGAACCGGAGCUAUCCAAUGAAUGCUUACUUAAUUUUGAAGAAGCAGAAAGGAAGGAAGAUGAAAAUAAAGCAAGAUGUGAAGCUACAUGGAAACGCUUAGAAGAGCUUGCUUCUCAGAAAACUUAAAGGAACAAAGCAUGCUAAUUCCUGGCAUAUCAGCCCCUCACUCCUCUUCAGGUUCGCAAAAGUAGAAAUUUUUAUUGGCAUUACUAUGGACAGUCAAUUUUUUAUUAAGACCAGAUUCAUUACACUGAUAAGAAGUAGUCAAGUGUUUGCGGGCUGUUAAAUUUUCUCUUCUUACAGUAUGUUUGAUCCUUGCCAAUUACCAAAGCCUAUAAGCAUUUUGUAAAUUGAUCCUUGUGUUAUAAUUCUAAUGGAGGGCUGAUGAAAUAUAAGACUCUUUAUUAGAAAGC